GUCUGGCGCCGGCCUGGGGACCAGCCGCGGCGUCUCGCGCUCUCACCCCCGCCCCUCUGUCUUGCGCAGCGGCCCGAGCUCGAGCCCCCCGCGCGCGCCCCCUCCCCACUAGCCCCGGGUCUGUAACCGCCGCCUUCCUCCCCCGACUCCGGUUCCGGGCUACCCGUCUAACCCCCCCCCCCCCCCGCCUUGCUCCGCAGUGCCCGGGCCUGCCCGCCGCGCCCGCCCCGGAGACCGUCCGCAGACAGCCGCCGCGGCAGGAGGCGGCGGAGGCCGGGAUGUCCGGGCAGCAGCAGCAGCUUCCGUUGACGGCGGCUCCCCAGGCCUCGGGGAUCGCCGCCCCCGCCGCUAGCGCCGGCCCCGCGCCGGCCUCGGCCCCGGCGGCCGCCGCGCUACUGCUCCACCCGCCGCCUCCCCCACCACCGGCCACCGCGGCCCCGCCGCCUCCCCCGCCCCCGCCCGCCGCCGGGCCCCUGCCCGCCCUGGGCCUGCCGGCGGGGAGCAGCGCCCCGGCCGCCUUCCCGCACGGGGACCCGGCCCUCAACGAGCAGGAGAAGGAGCUGAAGCGGCGGCUGAAGCGUCUCUACCCGGCCGUGGACGAACAGGAAACACCGCUGCCCCGCUCCUGGAGCCCGAAGGACAAAUUCAGCUACAUCGGCCUCUCGCAGAACAACCUGCGGGUGCAUUACAAAGGUCAUGGCAAAACUCCAAAGGAUGCUGCUUCAGUUCGAGCCACACAUCCUAUACCUGCAGCUUGUGGAAUAUACUAUUUUGAAGUUAAAAUUGUCAGUAAAGGAAGAGAUGGUUACAUGGGAAUUGGGCUUUCUGCUCAAGGUGUAAAUAUGAACAGACUACCAGGUUGGGAUAAACAUUCAUAUGGUUACCAUGGAGAUGAUGGACAUUCAUUUUGUUCCUCUGGAACUGGACAACCCUAUGGCCCAACAUUUACAACUGGGGAUGUCAUUGGUUGUUGUGUAAACCUUAUCAACAAUACCUGCUUCUACACAAAGAAUGGACAUAGUUUGGGUAUUGCUUUCACGGAUCUACCGCCAAACUUGUACCCUACAGUAGGGCUUCAAACACCAGGAGAAGUGGUAGAUGCUAACUUUGGGCAGCAUCCAUUUGUGUUUGAUAUUGAAGACUAUAUGCGAGAAUGGAGAACCAAAAUUCAGGCUCAGAUCGACAGAUUUCCUAUAGGAGAUCGGGAAGGAGAAUGGCAGACAAUGAUUCAAAAAAUGGUUUCAUCUUAUUUAGUUCAUCAUGGGUACUGUGCAACAGCAGAGGCUUUUGCCAGAUCUACAGACCAGACUGUACUAGAAGAAUUAGCCUCCAUUAAAAAUAGACAAAGAAUUCAAAAAUUGGUUUUAGCAGGAAGAAUGGGAGAAGCCAUUGAAACAACACAACAGUUGUAUCCAAGUCUACUAGAAAGAAAUCCUAAUCUCUUAUUUGCAUUAAAGGUGCGCCAGUUUAUAGAAAUGGUGAAUGGUACAGACAGUGAAGUGCGGUGUCUGGGUGGCCAUAGUCCAAAAUCACAAGAUAGUUACCCUGUAAGCCCUCGAUCAUUUAGUAGUCCUAGCAUGAGCCCCAGCCAUGGAAUGAAUAUUCACAGCUUAGCAUCAAGCAAAGGAAGCAGCACACACUUUUCUGGUUUUGAAAGUAGUUGCAGUAAUGGAGUAAUAUCAAACAAAGCACAUCAGUCUUACUGUCAUAUUAAACACCAGUCCACAAGUUUGAAUGUACCUGAACUCAACAAUAUAAAUGUAUCAAGGUCACAGCAAGUUAACAGCUACACCAACAGUGAUGUAGACAUGGAAACAGAUCACUACUCCAAUGGAGUUGCAGAGACUUCAUCCAAUGGCUUCCUAAAUGGUAGUUCUAAACAUGAUCACGAAAUGGAAGAAUGUGACACAGAAAUGGAAGUUGACUCAAGUCAGUUAAGACGUCAGCUAUGUGGAGGUAGCCAGGCGGCCAUUGAAAGAAUGAUCCAUUUUGGAAGAGAAUUGCAGGCAAUGAGUGAACAGCUAAGGAGAGAAUGUGGCAAAAACACAACAAAUAAGAAAAUGCUAAAGGAUGCGUUCAGUUUACUUGCAUAUUCGGAUCCUUGGAGCAGUCCAGUUGGAAACCAGCUUGAUCCAAUACAGAGAGAACCUGUGUGCUCUGUUCUUAAUAGUGCAAUACUAGAGACCCACAAUCUGCCAAAGCAGCCACCACUUGCCCUAGCAAUGGGACAGGCUUCACAGUGUCUAGGAUUGAUGGCGCGUUCGGGAAUUGGAUCGUGUGCAUUUGCCACAGUGGAAGACUAUCUACACUAGCUAUGCAUUUGAAGAUCUCAAGUAUGUGUUGUGGCAUAUUCAACAUGGAGGUAGAUCAGCUCUGCUGACUGGAAUUUGGAUCUUUUAAUUAUGUACUAAGGACAGGUCUGUCGCUUUACGUUGCUUCCUAGUUUACAGCAUGAUGCAAAUGAUUUUCUAACUUAGUGUUAGGAGAAAUUUUCCAUCUUUAACCUCUUAGACAACUAAGAGUUAAAAUUAUCACUGAUAAUGUCAGACAUCCAAAUUGACAAUUACAAAUUCUUUAAAUGAUUGUUCAAAACAAACCAAAAAUCCUACCACCUUGAGGUGGGGCAGAAGAAUAGAAAAUGUUGUGGAUGUGUUAGCAUGUGGGUGAUGUAAACUUCAAGCAGGAUGACUUGCCAACCUCCACCCUCAUUAUUACAUAGUUCAAUCAGUGUAACUUGCAAAAUGCAUAAACACCUGACAGUUUGGAUAUAUAGUGUUGAUGGGAAGAAAUAUUUUUUAAUGUGUACUGUAAAACUUGAAAUACUCAGGAGCUGAGUGAAUAUGUUUGUUGCUACUUACAAUUCCUACCUGUUGAUCUUAGUAGUUUUUGUUUUAACAUGGUCUUUUCAACUUUCUUUGUUUAACUACAGACAACUUCUGUUAUAGACUCACCAGUUUAACUGUUGUAUAAUAACAGUAUUACAUGUCACAGUGUGGUUACGACCUCUAUUUAUAUAAAAACCAAAUAUUAGUCAAUUUACAGUCUUAAUUUAAUCUUUGUACACCUUGCAUUUUUAAAAGUGCUUAAAUGAGUACUAUAUUGCAAUAAAAUGUAGUGAUAUCAUAAUUAACCAGCCAUUAAAAACUUACUUCUACAGAUAUUA